UUUGAUUUUGUAAAAUUUGUGCCAUAAUUCUGAUUUUUUCUGUUAAAAAAAUUAUUAAUAUCUGUGUUCAUCAAUGCCAGAUAAAGAAUGUGCCGGUCUCUAUUAUCUCGGUCGCUAUAAUCCGAUAUACCACGAAUCCUGGCUAUAUUGGGUGUCGGCCUGAGCCCUUGUGAUUUGUGAAAGAAAAUUCCACACACUUCUUUUCUGACGCUCUCUCGUCUCUUUGCUUGGCAUUUGCUCCCUCGACCCGCAAUUUAGACUUCAGAUCGGUCGCCAUGGAAGAUCUGAAGGUGGCCUUAAACGAUCAUGCGGAUCUCGUCUCCGAGCUCUUCGAGAAGCUCUCCGCCGAACUCCGCUCCGGAUUCCGCCCCGCCGUCGACAACUUCGUCGGUUUCUUCCACGCCAUCGAUUGGAAGGAACCUUGGUUGAUAUGCUUACUACUGUUCCACCUAUCUGUGCUGCUGAUAACUAUCAUCUCGAGGAAAAAUGUCAACUUCCAACUCUGCCUGUCCAUGGUAGCAUUUACUGGUGUAUAUCUUGCUGAGAGGAUGAACAAUUUUCUAGGAAAACACUGGAAGAGCUUUGCGAGCCAGAAUUACUUUGAUCCUCACGGUCUUUUUAUUUCAGUCCUCUGGUCAGGUCCACUUGUUUUUAUGGCCAUCAUAAUUGUGGUGAAUACUCUCUUCACAUUGUGCCACCUUAUUAUAAAAUGGAAAAAAGCAGAACUCAGACAUCGGGCCAGGCUUGCUCGUGACAAGCAGGAAUGAUCAGUCCCUCUCUGGUUGUUUUACCAUGGUCAUGUUUUUGUUUUUAGGCAGGAUAGGAGCACUUAUACCAUUUUACACCUGAUUUUAUUCAGAUUCAGUGCUGGGUAUUUUUGAUCUUUCGAAUUAUUUGUUGUAUCCAAUUAGGUGUUUUAGGGAGGGCAUGGAGCUGAAGUCUUCUUGAGGCUCAUGAAUCUGUAACCAGGUUUUGGACAAAACGAACAAUUUUGUCUGAUAUGAUGUUGGGACCAGAAAAUCUUGUACGAUCUAUCUUAUUCAAUUGUAAAACUAUAUAUUUGAUGUGCUUAGAGUGAAAAUUUCGGACUGUAACAUCACAAAAUAUAAAAAAAAA